CGCUCGUCGCUCAGUCUAGAUUCACUUGUUCCGCAGAUUGGUUGUGUUUUGCGGAGCUGCAUGUCGUUUGGUAAAGAAAAAAGAAUCGCGUGAUCAAUCCGGCGGCUUUAGUGCGAAAGUGUGCGUGUAUGCAGUAAUCGCAAGUGAUGUAUUUUUAGCCCAGUUGCGAAUUUUCGGUAAAAUUCAAAGGUGCUUUUUGUUUUGUGGGUUCGAUUAAUUGAUGCUAGUUUGUGGUGCGGUAAAGAGUUCGCGAAAAUCUAUCAUCGCAAGUGCAAAAAAGUGUCCGGUCGUGAGAAAGUGCAGUUGCUGCUGGUGUAUAAAAAUAGCGAAAGUCGGUAUCGACUGAGAAAAAAAUCCUGCUGCUUUAAAGUUUCAUGCGAAGGAGAAGCAGUAAGGAAACAAAGAAGAAUCUUUUCACAGCGAAAAGAUAAGGAAAGCAGAAAAAUCAUCCGAUUCUCAUUUGCCACAUAAACAUACAUUUUUGCGAGAUUCCUUCUCGCUCGCUCGUUCGUGGUAUCGCUUGAGUAGAGAGGGAGAGAGGCUACAUUUUGACAGAAUUUACCAUUGUUUACAAUCGGAAUCGGUCGAUAAAAUUCCGACAGAGCAGGCCGUUUUUGCUUGAGCACCGUGAAUGCCUACUAGCCAAGGUUACCGCAAGGUAGCGACGGAACCGGUCGAUCCGGAACCAGUGUUGAACGACGAGACUCGCGUCGCUGGCGGCGAAGAAAUGUCCACCGCACAGCAAACCGUUACCGGCAAUCCGGCCGGUAAGAUACCGAGCACAAACUCCCAACAGCGACUAAUGCCUGCCGAUUCGGACAGUAUUUCCUCGUCGCUGGACGAGACGGACCCGGAAGGUCCACCGUCGGACCGAAAGCAUCAUCACCACCGCCAUCAUCAGCAUCAUCAUCACCGUGAUCAUCCCCCGACAGACGAUGAUGAGUCGGUGACCGUUACCAGAGGGGUCGGUUCCGUGUCCAGGACGGCGUGGUUCACGGUGGUGGUGCUGUGUUUUGUCAACCUUAUCAACUAUAUGGAUAGGUUCACGAUUGCCGGAGUACUCACGGACAUCCAGCUUCACUUCGGCAUCGGCGAUGACGAGGGUGGUCUGCUCCAAACGGCAUUCGUGCUGUCCUAUAUGGUGUGUGCACCGAUUUUCGGUUACCUCGGCGAUCGUUAUUCACGCAAGUGGAUUAUGGCCCUCGGUGUGUUCCUGUGGAGUACGACGACGUUGCUGGGUUCCUUCAUGAAUCAUUUCGGAUGGUUCAUCACGUUCCGGGCGUUGGUCGGAAUCGGUGAGGCAUCCUACAGCACCAUUGCACCGACGAUCAUAUCCGAUCUGUUUGUGGGUGAUAUGAGAUCGAAAAUGCUGGCGCUGUUUUACUUUGCCAUCCCCGUUGGGUCCGGAUUUGGCUACAUCGUCGGAUCGGAAAUGUCCAAGCUGUUCGGUUCCUGGGAGUGGGCACUGCGCGUGACACCCGUACUAGGCAUCGUAGCCGUGAUUUUGAUCGCCAUGCUCAGAGACCCGGAGCGUGGUCAGAGCGAAGGAACGCACCAUAUGGAGGCCACCUCGUACCGGGAAGAUAUCAAAUCUGUCGUUCGGAAUCCCUCGUUCAUGCUGUCCACUGCCGGUUUUACCUGCGUAGCGUUCGUCGCCGGAGCCCUGGCCUGGUGGGGACCAAAGUUCAUCUAUCUAGGAUUGGUGUCCCAACCCGGAAACGAGAAUGUCACCUUGAAUGAUGUUUCGUUCAUCUUCGGUGCGAUCACGAUGACCACCGGUAUCAUUGGCGUUCCGCUGGGGUCCUACAUGUCACAGCGCUUCAAUCGCAAGUACCCGCGGGCGGAUCCGUACAUUUGCGCGAUCGGAUUGAUUCUCAGUGCACCGCUGCUGGCCGGCGCAAUGCUCGUAGUCAACGUGAACGCGACGCUAGCAUACGUUUUAAUAUUUUUCGGAGAGCUAGCACUGAAUCUCAAUUGGGCAAUUGUGGCGGAUAUUUUACUGUAUGUUGUCGUACCAACACGUCGUUCAACCGCGGAAGCUUUCCAGAUUCUGAUCUCACAUGCCUUCGGUGAUGCCGGCAGUCCGUACUUUGUUGGAUUGAUAUCGGAAGCCAUCAAACGAUUAUUGCGGCUAUCUGCCAGCGGUCUUGCAUCGGUGUUCCCGGCCGAUCUGACCAGCUAUUCGCAGCUAGCGGAAAAUACCACCUCCGUCGAAACAUCUUCGAUGGCUACCGUCGUUAGCCACAACCUCAACGACGUAAAUACACCGGCGAUCGAGUUCCGCGCUUUGCAGUAUGCGCUGUUUUCCACGAGUUUUGUGGAAGUCAUUGGCGGAGUAUUCUUCCUGCUAACGGCGAUGUACAUUCUACGGGAUCGACGAAACGUCGAGCGAAUUGUCGCAGGUUGUGAACUGGAACUCAGCGAAAGCUCGUCCGGUUCGGAAACACUAGAGCCCAACUCGACACACUCGCACAUUCACCGCUAUCAUGAUCCUCAUCGCCAUAAGCAUCAUCAUGGGCGUCAAUCCAUCCCUGCCGCCAGCCAGCGACAGUUGCCGGAGGCAGCUAGCUCAUCCUAACAGUCACAGCAGAUUGAGAUCAUUUAAUUAGUAGUGUCGUUUGGGUCCUAAACUUGCCGUUGGCGAGUUAAGGCUCGGAUCCAGUGCGAACGUUUUGUCAUAUGUUUCAUUGUGUUCAUUUAGAAGUAUCGCGAUAUAUUUUGCGAUUAGAAAACCAAACCGCCAAUUCAGCGCAUCGUAUGGAAGGUUCCACUUCCAGUUCGUCGGUAUCGGAAGAGUAACUGCACUGUAGCAGCCGCAACAGCUGCAGCAAUAGUUGUUAUCAUGAACAACAUGCCAGGUUUAGUUAGAAACAUAUUCGUUAAGCUGGAAAUUUCUACAUAUAAAUCUAUUCUAACGAUUGCGGAUUUAAGUGUAAAUACACCUUGAAUUUGCAGCUCGAUAGCCUGUAGCAACCUUACGAAAGCAGUUUGGGGGACAAACACUCGAUCCAAUGAACUGAUAGCCCUGUGGUUCGAAUUCAACUUUGAUUCACACGGUGCAAUAACUGGUAGCUUGAUCAACUAUAAAACAUAAGUAUUUGUCCCGCCAUCGUAAGCAAGGAACCUUUCAAUCUUCAUUGAUGUAAAUAUAUCCACUAAAGUAGAGGAUCGUAGAACCGUUCCAGCUCAUUUGCCCAGAGAUAAUGCAGACACCACCCAUAUGGACUGAUGCUAGGUUUACUGUAAAGUUAAUAACUGUUUAGAACAAUUUUCGGUAUGAGUUAUAGUUUCAUUUUUGGUUUUUUAGUGGCAACUUGUUGGGAAUAAAUUGUAGGGAUUUGUUCGAGAGUUAGAGCCGGGUGUGUGAAGUUUAAACUUUUUUUUUAGAAAAUCAUGCAUCAAACUAGUGUUGUCUCAACGCGCUUCGACAUAAUUCAACUGAAACCAUUUCAAUUAGUGCUAUACUCGCGUUUUGUUAUUUUUUUGGUUCGAUAUACGAAUGAAAGUGUAAUUAAAAAAAACAGAAAAAGUCACAUCAUUUAUCAUAGCGCUAGAUAUUUAUUAAUACCACUCUAGUUUAGAUAGUACGACGAUAGGCAUCUUCGUAUGCGAUGGUGAGGAAUGUCAACAAUUCGUUUAGUAUUUGUGAAAGAAGCAAAGCUAUACUAAAGAAAAUCACAGAAAUAAUACAUAUAAUUAUUGAUCAUUUUUA